AACUGAAAUCAUUAUUGAUAUGAAAAGAGACUAUCACCUAGAAUUGAGUUAUACGCAGUGUUGGAGGGCAAAGGAGGUUGCAAAUGAUAAAGUGUUUGGAUCUUUCAAGGAAUCUUAUCUGUACAUCCCUUGGUAUUGUAAUAAGGUUAUUGAGACAAACCCUGGGAGCCAUGCUAAAUAUGAGGUUGAUGAUGAUGGUAAAUUUACAAGACUAUUUGUAGCCUAUUACGCUGCUGUGCAGGGCUUCAGGACAGGAUGUAGACCUGUACUGUUCAUUGAUGGCACCUUCAUAAAAUCCAGGUAUCUUGGCACUCCGUUAUCUGCUACAGCAAUGGAUACAGAUGAUGGGAUGUUUCCUGUCGCCUUCGCAAUUGUCUCUGGCAUCAACCCAUAAUUGAUGGGGUGCGUUCUGUCUUUGGGGAUGUCCACCAUGCGUUUUGUCUUCGCCAUUUAAAGGAAAAUUUUAAGAAGAAUCUUUGAAAGCCUAUGUCAGUCAUUUUGAAGAAUGCUUUAGAAGUAUUGCUUACUGAUGCAGCAUAUGCACUGACAACUUUAGACUUUAACAAUCAUAUGGGUGAUAUAAGGGGUAUCUCAGAAGAUGCAUAUAUAUGGUUAAUGACAACUGGACCAGAGAACUGGGCUAAUUGUCUAUUCCCUGGAAAUCGUUAUGACAAGUUGACUUCCAAUUAUGCAGAGACAUAUAAUGCAUGGAUAUUGAAGCAACGUGAACUGCCCAUAAUGCAACUCUUGAACAGUAUAAGGGUGAAACAGAUGGAGAUGAUGUAUAAAUGUAAGCAGAAAUUAAUUAAGUGGAAAUAUGAUGUGGGCCCUAAGAUUAACAAGAUUCUAAAGAAACGAGUUCGUAAAUCUGAGGGGCUGACCGUUUGGCGAUCUUCAGUGUCUGGGUUUGAAGUUGAGGGUGACGCAAGUACACACUCAGUUGACUUAAGUUUGAGAUCGUGUUCCUGCAAGGCAUGGGAGAUGAUAGGUCUACCCUGUAUUCAUGCAUCUGCAGCGAUAGCAAGGAUUCGUGGACAACUCCUGAAUUAUGUUUCACAUGAGUAUCAUAAAGGGGCAUAUGCGCAAACGUAUGAAGAACCAAUCAAUCCUGUCCCUAACCAUGAUAUGUCCUUGGAAUCACCCCAGGGGAUGCAUACGUUGUUGUGAGGCCUCCUAGAACUCGUAAGCGUGCAGGCCGACCAAAGAAACAACGUAUAGAAUCACAAGAUGUGGAGAAGCGACCCCAACAUUGUAGCAGAUGUGGGGAUCAUAAGCAUAAC